ACGAAGUUGGGCAAUGUUGUGCCAGAGAGAUGAUUUGUUAAACAAGAAAACAAACAUAAAUUUGAACAGAUAAUGCAGUGUGCAUUUUGAAAAUAGUAUGUUUUCAAACAAAUCUCGGAACAUCUUGUGUAAAAACGCAGUACCACGUUUAUUUCCUUCAAUAGAAGACAGUCCAAACCAACAUUCGAAUGUUGAUCAAGAUGAUGAAAAUAGUUUUGAUCCAGUAAAUGAGGAACAACGGGAAGAAUUAGCUACCUUACCGCUAGGUGGAGAGGACAGCGAAGUUGUUCUACAAAAAAAUCAACAAACUCAAACUUUGGAAAGCGUAUCGACCUAUAGCCCUAAACAACAAGCUAAGAAAGACUAUAAAGCAAUUGCCAAACAAGAAUUUUCGAUUAAAAAAAAUUGCAAAAACUACAAGAUUCUGGAAAACCCGAUUAUCGUAAAAACGUUACAUUGGAAAAUUAUAAAUCACUAA